ACUUUUUGCAUACGGAGGAAAAAGAUGAAAAAUGGCCGACUUCUUUAAUUGCCGUAUUUAAAGGAUUUUUGUUUGAUUUAAUAAUGAAAUUGCUAUAAAACUCUAGAUAAUAUGUUUACGGAUACCUUUAAAGACAAGACUAAAUGAUUAAAUAUGUGGGAACACAUUAAAAUAAAAGACUGCGUACAAACUGAACUCUCGAGCAUACAUCUCUAAUCCAAUAUGAUGAACAAUCAGUUUCACACAUCGCCAAACAAUCCACUCCAUUUGCCUGGAACGGGCAAUGGAAGUAUUGGGAUCGGCGUUGGAGGAACCCCAUCUCCUUAUGGCUAUAUGACGAGUCCUGUUCAACAACAGCCGUCGGCAACGCCGGGUCAAUGGCUGACCUAUCAAAUACUGCCUCCGAGUAACCAGCAGAUUAUGGGUCAACAGAGUUUGCCCAAACGCUGGCAUCCGACUACAACCCAUCCAAACACCAUUCAGAUUACAACGACAGCAACUAAUCCAACUCUCCAAAACUUGUCCACGCUCGGAAAACAACCUCAAGAGGCGGCUGUGGUCACAUCAUCAUCUAAUCCGCAUCCUAUGGCCUAUAAGACCAACAAUAUACGGAUCAUUUCAACGUCCCCUAAUAUAUACAAUUUAAAUAAAACGAUGACAGAUGCAACCCAACAACAACAACAGCAGCAGCACGCUUUGUAUGCUCCUGUCCAGUCGUAUUACUUGCCGAGUGCUGGAAAUCCUAGCCAAUUAAAUCGUUUGGUGGCCAACAAUACAUUGGCCAAGCAACAACAACAACUGUCCACACAGUCGUCGGUGCCACCGCUUGUGCCAGUAAGCAAUUCAACAUCAGCUUCUUCGUCUGUUGUACCCUCUACUGUGGUUCUAGAUAGAAUUAACAUUUGCAUAAAUAAUCACUAUGCCGACUCCGCUCCAUCGCAGCUGCUAGGACAACAGCAGCAGCCUUCACCCAUUAUACCAGCUAUACAGCAUAAGCCACAGAUGCCGCAAAUGUCGUUGCCGUUGCCCUUAAUUGAUAGCAGUUGCAGUUCCGUCUCCAGCAGCAGCUAUGAAGACGGUGCAGGAGGAGGUGGAAGUGGUGUUCCAACCAUAGAGGAAUGUGUUUCAACAGCCUCAAAUGUUAGCAGCGCUAUAAUUGUGAUUGAUGAACCGGAUUCUACAACAGCAACCCCGCAUACGCCACCAACAACACCAGAAACCAUUGUUGGCUCUCCCCUGAAGUCCAACAUGUCUUCAUCCGCCUCAUCUUCAGCAUCCCCAUCCCCGCCUCCUGCAACGUCCAAGCCAAGCUUCAAGUCAAAUGACGCCCCAUGCCUACCUCUUACGCCUCCAUCGCCACCAUCUCCAGCUGUCGCUACAGCCCCACAACCGAUUGUUAUUAGCAAUUAUUCUUUGCAAGAAGAUGUUUUCAUUAAAUGCCAAGAUGGCAGAUUCUAUCUGGGCACAAUCAUUGAAGAAAGCCGUGAACAAUUUCUAAUACGAUUCGAUGAUCAAUCAGAGCAAUGGUGUGGCCCAGAGAAGAUGCGUAAACUGGGUGGUGGGAGCUCCAAUACCAACUCGUCGAAUCUGCUUGGUGAUGGUGCUCACAAUUCAUCAAAUUCAACAACGUCUACAGUUUCGGCCAAUAAUUCCUCUACGAGCACAUGCACUUCAAUGUGUGUGGCCUGUAAGCGUUCUGAUGUUCAGGAUGUUGUGGAAAUAUGUGAACGUUGUGGACGUGGCUAUCAUCGUGGCUGCACCACCGAAAUCAUCAUUGGCAGCGACAUUUGGUGUUGCAAACGGUGCGCCAAGCCCAUGAAAAUGCAUCCGCCUUUAAAGCAACUUUUGAUUGGCAAACCUCAAGGUAUUUGUCGUCAAUUACCAUACCAUGUGGACAAACUCAGUUGGGACGAGAAGCAUCGUGUGAAUGAAGAGCAAAUCUAUUGUUAUUGUGGAAAGCCUGGAAAAUUUGAUCAUAAUAUGUUGCAAUGUUGCAAAUGUCGUAAUUGGUUUCAUACUCAAUGCAUGCAGAAUUUCAAAAAAAAACUGCUGCGCGGUGAUAUGUUCUUUGUAUUCUGCUGCACAGUGUGCAACGAAGGUGUGGAAUUUGUGCGACGUUUACAAAUCGACUGGGUUGAUGUUCUUCAUAUUGCUCUCUAUAAUCUACGCAAGCAUCAGCAUCAAAAAUAUCAUCAUUUGCUUAAGGAUAUUUGGCCAUUUGUAUUGGAGCAACGUCACAAUUUGCCCAUAUGCAAGGAAUGGCGUUUGCUCCCAGAGACUACACUAAUGGAGAGAUUAAAGCAAACAUUGAAAGAUUAUUCCGAUCGAUUUGUAUGCGGUCGUGAGGUGAAACGUGCCCCAGCCUAUUAUGCUCUACGCCACAGUGGUCCGCCGUUAAUCCCAAAAGUAUUUCUUCAAGAAAACGAAGAGCUAAACGAUGAGUUGUUGAUAACUAAAUAUAAUUUGCUACUGUUGUCUGAUGAGGAUAAGGAUAGUGCACCCACAGAUGUGUAUGAAUUUCACACAGACGAAGAUGAUGACCAGCAGCAGCAGCAUCAGCUGCCGGAUGAUGAUGAGACUGGUGUUGAGGUGUCAACUAGUGAGGAGGAUGAGAUUCCUAUUAAACAGAUAAUCGAGAAGGUUAAGAAACAGGCGGAACUAAGAGAACUGAAACCGCCCCAACCACCGCCAGCGGAUGAUAAUGCCCAUGAUGCUUCCGCUGGCAUCAUCAAUACCAACACCAUCACUUCCAUGCCUGCUCAGCUCCAAAUGAUGGAGAUGGCCAACAGUAGUCGCAAACGUAAGGCUUUCCGGCUCUCGAAACGUUAUGAUACUAGCAACAGCAACCGAAAUCACUGUGAUCUUUCAUCCGAUGAGAAUUCAAGCAGCAGUCGUGGUACCAGCUCCCUAGAUCUUAUCAUACCGCCACCAGUCAACUUCCUGGGUCGCAAUAAUCCUUUUCUAAUGGCCACGCCGAAGAAAUCGCAGCAAAUUAAUAAAUUGGGACCUGGAAAUUUGGGAGUGGGCGUUACUGGUAUCAUCAAUAGCUUGUUCAAGUUGAAGAGCGGAAGCGGUGCUGGGUGUUUAGCCAAGGAACAGCCGCGCAUGGUGAGAACCAUUAAGCGUAAACUGUGUGCCAAAGAUAUAACCAUUGGACCAAAUCAAGAGGUUCGCCGACGCCGAACUCGUCGCCUGAUCACAGAUAUGGAAGUCAUCAAUACCACCACCAUAAAUCCUAUACCUAGCCACUAUUUUCCCAUCUAUGCCAAAGAUUCGCAACCACCAGCAGCAGCGCAUCCACCUCCUUCUCCUCCUCCACCACCACCGCCGUCACUGUCAGCGUCGACGGGCAAAAUAUUGCCGCCAUCCCACGGUCGUCUAUUGCGUCAACGUCCUCAGAAAUCAGCACGACAUGCACUUAAUCAGAAUCGCCGAAUUUCUACUGCCACCGCAACUAGCAGCAGUAAUGUCUCCUCGACGUCAUCCUCCUCUUCAUCAUCAUCAUCAUCUUCGUCCGCCUCUUCCAAUGGAUCAUCAUCCAUGCUGGAUCUAAAGCAAUCGGUCAAUAAGUAUUUCGGCGGAGCCAUCAAUCGUAUCGAUGCUGGUGAAUCGUUUGCAAUUCGAGCCAAACGUCGGAUGGGAAACGGUCAAGUGCAGUAUUUAGUGGAGUGGACAAAUGGCAACUGAAAAACAAAUGAUGCAACAUUAUACUUAUUAAUUAUUAUUAUCUUUUACGUUAUUCCAUUAAACUUUUUUUUAUUUCAUUAAUUUGCCCAGGGUUGGCAAAGAUCAUAGUUAAAAGCAUGGCCGAAAUAAUUUGAAUUCUAUUUUCUGUUCUUUAUUGUUUUGUUAUUUAAGUAAAAAAAAAAAGUUGAUGAAUUAUUUACCUAUCUAAACCACUGCCAAAAUAAGAUGAAAAUUAUGGUUCGGUACUAAAGUAAGCAAACAUAAACAAAUAAUGCAACUAAAUACAGGUUUUUAUUGUGCAAUGGCAGUUUAAAAGUGGUCGAUAAAAAGGCCACAAAUUGGCAUAUUUAAAGUAUUACAAAAAUGAAAUGAAAAGAGCAUAUGAGCUAAAUAAAGAAAAGCGUAUUAAUUUCUAUCUGUUCUGUAGAAUCUAGAGUUACUUCUAUUAAUAUAUUUUCGAAAAAUAUAUAUAUUUACGAUAAUCCCCCAUGUGUUAAUUGCAUACAAAAAUUUCUCUAACGUAUACCAUACACCAUACAAAAAAAAAAACUUAAUAUAUAAUGCUAUCAAUAAAUAAUUUAGUUGUAA